AUGGCCGCCCCUGCUGCUGUUGCUCCUCUUGAUCGUGUGUAUGGUGUCACAAACAUCAAGACACAUGUUCCGCUUCUCCUAGAUCUCGAUGAUGGGAAUUAUGAUGCUUGGCGUGAGUUAUUCAUGACCCAUUGCCAAAGCUUUGAUGUUGCAGGCCAUCUAAAUGGCACUCUGCUCCCAAACAACGAUGAUGAUGAAGCUUGGACAAAACGUGAUGGCGUUGUUAAGCUUUGGAUCUACGGAACCCUCUCCAAAGAUCUCUUUCGCAGCACGUUUAAAACUGGUGGGACUGCUCGCGAGAUCUGGAUUCGUCUUGAAACCUUCUUCCGUGACAACAAAGAAGCUAGGGCCGUUCAACUCGAUCACAAGCUCCGUACGCAAGAGAUAGGUGAUCUCACCAUUCAUGCCUAUUGCUAA